AUGUAAGUAAAUUAUGAAGCAUUAAUUGAUGGUAUAAAUAUUUAAUAAACCUUAGAAACAAAGAAUAAAAUGAUGAAAUGGUAAGAAAUCAAUGAACAAAAUAUGUGGGAAUUAUAUUCAAAUAAAGAUGGAUAUAUUGUAUAUACAAAAAAGAAUCCAGAAAAUGGAAUAACUAUGAAUAGGACAUAAACAGAAAUAGCAAGAACACCUGAUUAAAUACUUGAUUUAAUAGGUGAUGUGAAUAAGAGACCUAUGUAUGAUGAGAAAGUGGAAACUGUAUUAAUUAUUAUAAUAUAUUAACAUAGGCUCAUGUUGUAGAAUAGAUUGAUGCAAAUACAAGAUUAGUUUAUGUGAGAAUGAAAGCACCUAUUCCAUUUAUGAGUAGUAGAGAUUUAAUUAUGGUUCAAAAAGUGUAUAAAUAAAAUGAUGGUAUUAUAAUUGUUUGUGGUAUGACUAUUUCUAAUAUUUAUUCUAGCAAAAUCAAUUAUACAUUAGAAAACACCUCCAAUUCCAAAAAUUGAAAGAGCAGAGAUGCAUUUAAGUGGUUGGAUCAUUAUACCUUAGCCAAAUUAAGUAUAAUUAUUUAUUAAUUAAAUCUUAGAUGACUAAAAUCAUAGCAAUCUAAUGUUUUGAUCCAAGAGGAGAUGUACCUUAAUCAGUAACUAAUCAAUAUGCAAAAUUAUAAUCAGAUAUGAUGAAAGCAGCAGUUAAAUUUAUUGCACUUAAUUAUAAAUGAGU